UGGGCAGGUCAGGGUUAACCUCCCCCCCCCCCCCCCAGCCCCUCCCCCUCCACACUCCAUAAGUACCUCUCGGGGCACUUUUUUUGGGGCUCAGGAUGGCGAGGCCGGGACUCCCUUGGUCCUUCCUCCUCCUCCUCCUCCCGCUCUGCUGCGGCCCCCCUGCGCCCCCCCCCGCCGCUGCCCCCCCGUGUGGGCUCCGCAGCGUCUCGGUGGGGGUGGGGGCCCUGGGUUUGGGGUACCCCUCCCCUGAGACCGUGGUGUUCCGCUACUGCGGGGGGGGCUGCCCCGCACCCCCCACCCUGCACGGGCUGGCGCUGGGGGCUGUGCUGGGCCCCGGGGGGGCCGGGGGGGGUCCCUGCUGCCGCCCCACCCGCUACGAGGAUGUGGCAUUCCUGGACUCGGGGCUGCGCUGGCAGCGGCUGCCACGACUCUCAGCAGGGGCCUGCGCCUGCCUGGGGUGAGCCCCCCUCCAAAAUACCCCCCCCCGACUCCCCCUUGCCACUCCCCCUCAAAAAUAACUCCCCCCUCCCCCCAAAACCUCCUCCCCGUCUGUCGGGGGGGGGGGUUUUGGGGGGUCCCUCCCAUCACCCCCCACACCCCCAAAAGCACCCCCUGACCAUCAGCUCAGGGGGGUUUGGGGGUUCCCCAAAGGCUCCUCCUCCAAGCUCCCCCAAAACAGCCCCCCAAGAGCCAAGUGUGGGGUGUCAGUGUUUAUUUUGGGGGCGGGGAAUCCUGGGUGUCCUCAAUAAACACUGGGAGGUCGCUGA